AUUAUUAAAAUGAACCGGUUUUCAGUCCGUCGUAAAUAUCAUUCCAAUCACAUAAUCUUACAAUAUUACAAUUUAAAAACCAGAACGAAACCACUUGUGUAUAAUUUACAUGAUGUUAUGAUGGUUUGAUUCGUGCUCCUUCAUGUGGUCAUCAUUGUGCUAAUGUCCCCACUACAGCGACUUCUAGUGGCUGCUCGGGCAUCGGUGAGCUGCCGUUAGGCUGUAUGUCUGUUAGUCAUUGUUUGUAGCCAGAUAAGUUAGCACCUGGAUGAGACAGUGGUGACUGGAAACAUCAAGAUUGGAGACAUGCCAAGCCUAAAGCUGAUAUCUGCGACUGACACCCAGUAUCCGGCCACUGUGCUGAAGUCGAUGAAUGAGCAGAGAAAUCAUGGAUUAUUUUGUGACGUCACCAUCAUUAUACAGGACAAGAAAUUCAGAGCUCACAAGACAAUCCUGUCUGCCUCAAGCACAUACUUCCACCAGCUCCUCCGUGUAGCUGGACAAGUGAUUGAGUUAAAUUUCAUCAGAGCAGAAAUCUUUGAGGAGAUUCUCAACUACAUGUACAGCUCAAAGAUUGUCCGUGUGCGCUCUGACAUGCUGGAGGAGUUCAUACAUGCUGGACAGGUACUGGGAGUGAAGUUCAUUGCAAACUUGGCAACACCUUUAUCACAAGUUAAGGGACUACCUGGUUUGUCUAAAGAGACGGAAUGCAAAAGUGAGACAUCCACAGAGAUAAUGCCGAUCAUCACAGAGUCCUUCUCAAUAUCUGCAGAGGAAUUCAAUCAGACAAGCAGAACAGUAGGUGACGAUGAGGACUCAGACAGUGAUGUUAUGUUUGUCUCACAAACAGCUCCUCAGGUGUCCAAUCAGAAAGCUAACUCUGGCGAGAUAAUCGAUGUGGACUCGACUGAUUCAGAAAAAACGCAGUCAAACCACAAUAAAGAAUCAAAUCAGGCACUUCCAAAACAUGAUGAUAAAGCCACAUCUACCAUGAAAACAAAUGCUGUAAAGACUCCUAGUCUCAGGUGUCCCAACCCCAGUUUAACACAGAGCAGUCCUCUGCACAGUCCAGACUCCAGCUCCAACAAUUUGUCUUCCCCUGCCAGAGUUUCCUCAGACAGUGCUCCCACAAUAACGGCCAGGUUAAGCAAUUUCACCCCAGAGCCUCAGGGUGGCCCCCAGUCCCAUGAAAACAGUGAUAUAAUGGGAGUCCACAAAAAGCAAGUGUCGACUUCAUCUGAGAAGGGUGAUUUUAAAAUAAGGCUUUCAGACGUUUCUGAAAGCCCAGCUAAUCAGUCUAACAUUCCCAAAUCCACAUUAACUUCAAAAAAGACGGUGACACUCAACACAGCCACAAAGAUUGAUUCCAUUUCCCCAGGCUGCAAAGUGUAUGCCAAUAUUGGAGAGGAUACUUAUGACAUUGUCCCAGAGAGGGAAGAUCCAGGUGAAGGAGGCUCCAAAGCAGCUAAAGGCAAAAGAGCAAAGCCUUUGACACCCUUUGAUAAAAUGUCUCCAAUGUCCAGCCCAAGUAAGAAGAAGACCAAGAAUGAACUUGAGGAUCAUUAUGAGCUGGUCAUGGACGGGAAGACUUUCUAUGUGUGCAUUGUCUGCAAGCGUCCCUACGUGUGUCUUACGAGCCUCCGCCGCCACUUCAAUGUCCACUCUUGGGAAAGGGAGUACCCAUGUCGCUUCUGUAACAAAGUAUUUGCCUUGGCUGAGUACAGAACUAAACAUGAAAUCAUCCACACAGGAGAGAGGAGGUACCAGUGCUUGAUGUGCAAUGAAAUGUUUCUGAACUACCAGGUACUCUCCAACCACUGCAAGCAAGUGCACAACCAGGAUCUUUGCGGUAGGAAACAGAAAGACGACAAAGACAACAACUUAUACCGCCUGCUGCCGUGUAAAUCGGUGCAGAUGAAGUCGUAUUCAUGGGAAACUGGGAACCGGCCGGCCGGCCCUGUCGUUUCUGAGGAUGGCGGGUUGCACCACAUAACCUCUGCUCGUGAAGACAUUCACAGUUCAACCCAGAGCAGGAUGCUGAACUGGAAUGACGUGUUCGUCGAGCCAGAUCAGCACAGGCCCACGCCUGAGGCCCACGUGACCCCCAGGUCAGCCAUCAGCACCUCUCCACAGGGUGACACAGAGUUUGACUUCAUCAUACCAGAUACCUUCUGAGCAACAAUUGCUCCCGUGUUAAAGCUUUAGUCUGUUAUUGGUUUCUAAAACACUUUAUUUGAUGAGAUCCUCUACACAUCUUAAUACAGCCAUCAAUAGACAAAAAAAAACAGUCUGGUGUCUUUUUUAGAUGGAGUUUUAACGGGGAGGGACAUCUGCUUUACCACAAUCCUGGAAUUUUGUCUUUAUGUUUUUUCCCCCCCAGACAACUUUAUUUAUUAAUGGCUUUAGUGAACGUGAAGAGGAUCUCAACCAAUGACCUGAAAAAAACAGUUUCUUAAACAAAUUCUGGACUGGAAGCUAUAACUGUGCCUUUUCGGUGCCUCCUCACCACUCUGGUUUCAUAUUUAAACAUUCAUUAAUCCUCAGUAAGGUUUGACCACAUUAGUCUCUAUUUGAUGAGCAUUUGUGGUUCAAAGUGUCAGUUGAAGGUUAUGUUAAAAACAAAUGCCUCAACAUUAGAUGAAGCAAUUAGUUGCAAUUGAUGUCUUUCCCUACUUCUGUAAUAACCUUUAAUUUCACUCAAUGAUAAUAACAUUAGCAAAUACAUUUGGAAGGUAUUCACACAUAGCAAGAGAUUAACAGUAAAAAUAAAUCUGCAGCUGUAACAGAAAUGCAAAAACUUAAUGUAAGUCUAAAUUUUCUCAGUAUUAAGCAAGGUGUACCAGUUUCUAGUUACUUAAUUUUUUUGUCUUCAGCCUCAAAUUCUCAAAUCUCUUACCUAUAAACUUCAGAUCUGAAGCACAAAGUAUGGAAGUUAAACAUGCUCAGCACUUCGGUCCAGUGUGUAAAAUCAUCAACAUAAUUUUACUUAAUUUGUAUAAUUCUACAAUGCUGUUUUUUGGACCACCAUAAGCAAACUAAACAUCUUUAGUUGAGUGUACAAUGUAGGUUGUACAACCCAUUUGGAGGGAAAUCAUGACAUGAGGGAAUAUUCAGCCUCAACAUGCAACUUCACCAGUAAACCUUUUGAAAAGUAAAAGUUUUACACACUGUACCUGCUGUAAACAACAUGGCAGCUCACAAUGAAAUCCAAAAUGGGAUUGAAAACAGGACUGAAGUUUCCAUAUUUUUUUCAUCAUUCCUGGUCACCAAUCGAGACCUAAAUAAGUAAAAGAGAAUAUGAGCUGAACUUAAUUAUUUUAUUAUUGUUGGCAAUGCCAUAUCUGGAUAAUGUGGCAGAGAAGAUGUUUCCAUUGUUGUUAUUGUUUGUUUUUUUUGACACACCUGUACAUAUUUAUUUUUAAA